AAUCGAAGUCAAAAGCCAAAACACAAAUUCUCAAACAAGAAUAACUGAAAAACAAUAAUAAUAUUUACGCAAUUUCAUUGUGUUUUGUGGGUCAAUCGAAGUGUUUUUGUUUUUACAAAAUAAUCACCAAAUAAAAGCAAAUCUUAAAAAUCUACCUUUAAAGUGAUAUGGUGGAAAGACAACCACCCUUGCGGCGUCGAAACGCUUGUAUAAUUGUCCUUGGUGACAUUGGACGCAGUCCACGCAUGGAAUACCAUGCCAGUAGUCUCCUAGACGAAGGCUAUAACGUAGACAUAAUUGGUUAUGUCGAAACAAAACCUAUUGAUGCAUUACUACAAUCAGGACCAAAGUGUAAAAUCAACGAAUUAACAUCUGUGCCCGAUACCAAUCUUACCCCCAAACUCAAAUAUAUUUUCAAGACAAUUUGGCAAACACUUAGUUUGUUAAUUGCCCUUGUCUCAAUACGAAGACCAAAUUUCCUAUUAGUCCAAAAUCCACCUGCGAUACCAACAUUAGUCGUGUGCUACUUGUAUUGUACAAUUACUCGCACCAAAUUAAUAAUCGAUUGGCACAACUUUUCGUACAGCAUUCUUGCUUUGACUGCUGGUGAACAAAGUUUUAUUGUGAAGCUUGGAAAAUGGAUUGAACACCGGUUUGGGGCCAAGGCAAAUGCGCAUUUCUGUGUGACCAAAGCAAUGCAGGAGGAUCUCAAAUUAAACUGGAAAAUCAGCCAAGCAGUUGUUCUCUAUGACCGUCCGCCUUCUCAAUUCCAUCCAAUUGAAUUAAGUAAGAAACACGAACUGUUUAUGAAAUUGUCCAAAGAUUAUCCACAGUUUCUACCAAAAAACUGUUCGGAUUUUAAGGAAAAUGGAGUUAUUGAAUCUACCGCACUCACUCAAAAAUUCAGCAAUGGUACAGUCCUCUACAAAAAUAAUCGUACAGCAAUUUUAAUAUCGAGUACUAGUUGGACACCAGAUGAAGAUUUUGGAAUACUAUUGAGGGCACUGGAAGAAUAUGAGGUUACAGCUACAGAAAAUCCUAGUUUAUAUCCGGAACUAUUGUGCAUAAUAACUGGCAAAGGGCCACAGAAACAUAAGUACAUAGAAAAAAUAAACGAAUUAAAAUGGACAAAAGUUUCCAUAAUAACACCAUGGCUUGAAACUGAAGACUAUCCAACAGCUGUUGCGUCAGCAGAUUUGGGUGUUUGUUUGCAUUGGAGUUCAUCGGGUUUGGAUUUGCCAAUGAAAGUUGUAGAUAUGUUUGGAUGUGGUUUACCAGUUUGUGCGAUAAAUUUUAAAUGUUUGAACGAAUUAGUGAUCCAUGGUCAGAAUGGAUUUAUUUUUGAUAAUCACCGUGAAUUAGCAGAUCAAUUAAAAUUUUGGUUUGAAAACUUCCCAAGCAACCCAAGUUUAUUAGAAUCGAAGGAAACCUUCAGAAGAAAUUUACAAGAUUUUCAAUCACUUCGAUGGCGUGAAAACUGGAGGCUAAAUGCUUUACCCGUUUUUAACUCAUUUACAUGAACUGUUUUUAAAUAUGUUUAACCCAAUGUUUUUUUAAGGAAAUGUUUUAAAUUAAAAAAAAAAAACACUCACACACCAAAACAAAGGGUACAUCAGUAUGACUGAGUAGAAUGAGAAUUCAAAUAGAGAAAAUGAAAUGCAAAUAAAUAUAUUUUAUACCUUAGUUAUCUAAAA